UUUACGAUGGCAGUUAAAAAGCAGAAGAAGUCUGCAGAAAAUAUUAAUGCCCGUUUGGCAAUGGUUAUGAAAAGUGGUAAAUACUGCUUGGGAUACAAACAGACGUUGAGGACAUUAAGGUCUGGUAAAGCCAAGUUGGUAAUAAUUGCAAACAAUUCACCUCCUCUCAGAAAGAGUGAAAUAGAGUACUAUGCAAUGUUGGCCAAAACUGGUGUUCACCAUUACAAUGGAAAUAACAUUGAGUUAGGGACAGCGUGUGGUAGACUUUUUAGAGUAUGCUGUCUGUCAAUAACGGACGCUGGGGAUUCCGAUAUAAUAAGGAGCAUGCCGGCUGAAACAGCAUAA